AUGGCAGAUUGGGCGUCGAGCGAGCGAGGGAGAUGGACGUCGGGCGCCUAUUCCUCGCGCCUCCCUCUGCCCCCGCCGCGUCUGGCGUCCGGCGGCUGGCGUCGUCAGCCUGCCGCCCCUCGUCUAGCUCAUUGCAUGCCAAGGCGGGGCGCACGCGUGCGCAGCGGGUCCAUGCGCGAGCUCGACGCAUUCACUGUGUUUCACUAUCCGCAGCGCACUGCCUGGCGUGUCCGUUGCCGCGUCAUGUGUGAGCCCAUCCCUGUCCACAACAGCGUCCGCGCUGAACUCACGCCGAGGCACCCGACCCGCGCGCGCCACGGUGCCCAGUCUGCGCUGCCUGUAGCGAUCCCCGUCAUGCCGCGCGUGUUCACGCAUCACAUUCUGCUCAUCCAGCCGCUUCUUAACGCAAACACAUCGACUCCCCGCGACAUACAUAGCAUUCACAUCGAACCCCGCGCUCCCGCUGCCCGCGCCUCCGCUGCGCCGCACCACGUCGUCGCUGCACAGACGCCCGGUGCGUACAAACAAACGACUACCAAGCGCGACGCAUCAGCACAGCACAAGACCGCAAAACCCGCGCGCGACUCACCCAUGACAGAUACAACCCCGACGGCGGCGGCGGCGGCGGCCGUUGCAGCAGCAGCCGUCCAUGCAGCACCGGGUGGCUCCCUCCGUCCGUCGCCAGGCCAACGACAUGCAUCCUGCUACCAGUGCGAGGGCCCAUGGCUAAUGAGCGCGGAAGACAUACCAUGGACAGCGCACCAACAGCAGCGACACCGCGACCCCCUACAGCUCAACAAUCAGUAUCGACGCACGCACGCACGCCCCGACCGAACAUCGACCAACUCACCUUCAGCACCGCGAACGCACCGUCGAAGACUGGAAUCGGAUGCAGCAGGCAGGCAGACGAAAGCGCGCGCAAUAGCAAAGACGACACCAGGACGCACAACAGCUGCUGGCUACCGUCCCUCCCUGUCCCUGCUCGACCCUUAUAUCGCGCUCUGCCGUGCACUUCCCACGUCCGCGUCCGUCCGCCUCGUCCGACGUCGCACGCUCGCACACCAGUAG